GAAGAGAGAAGGAGAGCUCGCAGCGAGCGAAUUUAUUUUGCUGCAGCAGCACGGCUGGGGCGUUACGGAACGGACGGACGGUGGACAUCUGUUAAUUAACACAAUUGAUUAGCGUUGGGCUGCGCGUUGUGCGGUGGCCGUCGGCAACAGUUGAUCCCGGGGCCGUGCAGCGGCGGCCACUUGACCCGCGAUAUGCGCGGUCGUGCGGCGGCGACCCUAGCGUGAGUGGCGCCGCCAGCCAGCCAGCCAAUUCGUCGAGUGUCAGUCUGGCGAGGAUGCGAGCCGCCGGCCUGGCCGCCCUGCUGGCCGCCUUGGCCGCCUGGGUCCAGGCGGCCGGCCCCGACGGCUUCCGCGAACUCGAGGAGCAGCGGGCCCACUUCAAGAACAUGUACUCGUCCAGCGGCGCCCUUGGCAACCUGCAGCCAGCCGCCUCGUUCAGCACCACCACCGAGAUGCCCGUCAUCGAGAUCCCCGUCGGAGACAAGUCGGGCCUCGAGGCCAUCGCCGCCCUCCACAGGCAGCUCGACGACGACGCCAACGGCAACGUCGACCUUUCCGAAUCUGACGAGUUCCUGAGGGAGGAGCUCAAGUACGAAGACGGACACGAGCGGCGGCAACGCGCCUUCCACAGGAACGACGACAUGCAUAUAUCGGUCAAGGAGCUCUGGGAGGCGUGGACCCGCAGCGAGGUGCACAACUGGACGACGGAGCAAACCGUGGAAUGGCUGGUGACGUGCGUGGAGCUGCCGCAGUACGCGCACUCGUUCACCAUGAACUCCGUCAAAGGGUUCGACUUGCCCAGAUUGGCGACAAACACGCAAUUCAUAAUGACCGUGCUGAAAAUCAAGGACCCAAUCCACAUCAAGAAGAUCUCGUUGAAGGCGACGGACGCGGUGCUGUUCGGCCCACCUAAAGCAGAUGGAGGCCACGUGAAGGACAUCAUUCUGCUGACCCUGCUGGUGGGCGCGUGCGGCGCCUGCUGGUACGCCUACCGCCAGAAAAUGCUGUCCCAGGAGGACCUCCAGCGCAUGAUGAAGGACAUGGAGAGCCUCCACAUGGCCGAGCAAAUGCUGCUCGAGACUCAGAGGGAACUGGAAGCGGCCAAAAUGCAACAGGAGUCUGUAGUGUCCGAGAAAGAAAACCUGGAACGAAAGCUGAAGGAGCACAAGGCGGCGGGUCCGUCGGAAAAGUCGAUCCGGGGCACCGAGCCUGAGCUGCAGUCCCUCCGAAUGGAGGUUGAGACGCUGCGACUGGAGUUGAAGCGGGCGGAGGGCGAGCUGGAAGACCGGUGUUGGGCGCCGCCGAGUGGGCUGCAGCAGUGGCUCCAGCUGACGCACGAGAUCGAAAACAAGGCCUACAUGAAGAAGAAGACGUCUGCUGAGCGGCAGCUGCAGCAGGCGCGCGAGGCUUGUGAAAAGCUGCGGAAGAAGCGUUCGAGCCUGGUGGGCGCGUUCGUGUCGACGCACGGCAAGUCGAUCGACGACGUGGACCGCAGCAUCGUGGAAGCCAGCGAAGAGGAGGGCGGCUCCUUCUCCGAGCUUAAAACCUCGCUGAACGAAGUGACUCACGAGCUGCAGGAGCGCGUGCACCGCUGGAAGCAGAUCGAGAUGCUGUGCGGCUUCAACAUCAUCAGCAAUAACGGCCUCUCCUACCUGGAGAACGCCCUCUACAGGCCGAGCAACGGAAGACUCACCAGAGCCUCGCUGCGGAGUUCGUUUUCUGGGCGGAUGAGCAGCCAGGACGACCUGGACGACGACUCGGUGUCGCAAGCCAGUCCGGGAGGCCUGCUGGACUCGUGGCGCGACGCCGACUCGUCCGGCUCGGAGCGCGACCUCGACCCGUCCACGUCGCCCUCGAUGGAGCUGCCGGUCACGUUCAGCCUGGGCGGCGAGUCCAGCCCCGUGGAUGAAAUCUGUGAUAGGCCUCUGCCCGCCGCGCUGCCGCCGCCGCCCCCGCAGCAGAUGGACAAGAGAAUGUCCAUCUCUCGCUCCGCCAGCCAGGAUGUGAAAUUCGACCCUGCAGAGGGUCUGCUGGCGAAGGGGUUCAUGAGCGACCCGAGCUUGGGCAGUGCCCGCGCGUGCGGAUCUCUGGAGGAGGAGACGUACUCGACGGACAGCUCUGCGAGCGCGACGGCCACCGAGGAGGACAUGAAGCGCAAGCGGCGCAAACUGCACUUCCCGGCGUUCGUGCGCAAGAGCAAGAGCAAGCCGUCCUCGUCGUGAGCGAGCGAGCGAGCGCAUCAACCACGUGAUAGGUCAUUGUUGAUAUUUUUAAAAAUAUAAAUAUAAAUAUACGCAAAAUAAUUAUUAACACACACACACACACACACCGUACUGUUAAUUAAUUAAUUUUUAAAUAAAUAAAUAAACAAAACCCCAUUUUUUCCACGGCCCUGUUGGCCCAUGUUAUUAAUUUAUAUUACUGUUACACGGAGGGCCCGGCACGCGGGCCCCGGGACUGUUUGCAACGCACUCUCGAUGGUCUUUCUUUAUAACUAUUUUGAAUUGUCUUCCGGCAGUGUGUGUUUCCGUUUCCGUUUCUUAAAAACUCCGCAGCCUUUGAGGGAUAGUUGGUAAGACUCGCGUUUCCCGUGUGUGCCUUAAUUUAUUUAAAUUAAAUAUUUAAAUGCCGCAGAUCUGACCACGACUCGAUUCGUUUGUUGCAAUAAAAAAAGAGCAAAGUGUUUUCAUUGAUUAAAUUACUCUGUCUGUUGAUUAUUAUUGUAUAGUGUUUGUUUGUGUCCGAGAUCGGCGAUUGUAGAAAUAUAGAGCGCACCGCCGCGUGCACAGAAAAUGCGAUUGUAAAAAAGCUUGUGCGAUGAAUUUUUCUCACUUUUUUGAGAAGGCUCAACGUUUCUUAUUGAUUUAUGUCAAAAUUUUUUACACAAACGCAAUUAAUAAAAAAAUAUUGGAAAAUCA